GAAAGCACAAAUCCCACUUAGAAGCACUCAAUUGAAGAAAGACGAGGACCUAUUGAAUGGAGAUCAACAAGUAAAAGUAAAAACCAUUAAAUGAAGUGAAAAUUUAGUACCAACAAAAGCAAAAAGAAGCCAUGAAUGGAUCUCCAAAACACACAUUAGUUAGGACAAGAGGACAGAACAGUGAUAUGAGGGGCAGAGGCACCUAAUUGCUAAAGGUGCUCUUCCUUCAUUACCACCUUUAAAAAUUCAAAACAUCCUUUUCUUUUUUUAAUUAUUCCUAACAUAUAGAGGAUAGGAAGAAGAAUUUGCCAACCAAAUAAAAUAAGGAAAAGAAUAUGCUUAUUAAGUUAUAUGGUGGAGAUUGCAGCAAAAGGCAGCGAGGAGGGAGAGGUUCCAUGCUGAAGGGGAUAUGAGAGGGACAUCCAGCAAUCAGCUGAGAGAGUCUAGAGAGAGAAACAAACCCCAGAAAAGAAGUAUUAGAUUGAGUUUUGGAGUGAAGAAGGAAGCAGAAGCAGCAGAGGAUGGAGAAGGGUUUAAGAGAAGGGUUUUAGCCUCUUUAGGUCUACCAACUGGUAGUUAAGAGAUUGGAACUCUUUAACCAAACCCCAUAAGAAAAAAACUAGCAAGUUGUGAACUUUACCAACAACUACAGCAGCAGCAAGCAACAUAGGAAGGAGGAGAUGGUGAACAAGCUGCUGCUGAAUCCACAAGAAGAAGGGGAGUCAAGCUGAUUACAGUCCUCACCAACCGCCAAACACCAUACCCUUUUUCUUCUUUCUCAUCACCAUAAUUCUAGCUUUAUCUCUCUGCUUUCACUCUCUAGCUGCUAUUUGUCUUUCAUUCUCUAACUUGGUUUCAACAAACUGUUGGAUGGGGAUUUGAGGUUUGAAGCAACAAAGCCCCAUCCAAAGCUAAGAAAAGAAAGGGGAUCCAGAAGAAAAGAAAGACAGCUUAGCCUAACCCUCCCACCACCACCACCACUAUUUCAACACAAAAGGGUCACACAGAGAUAGCUGCAAACAGAAAGCUAUCAUUUGGUAUUCCUCUUUGAGAAAGAGAAGAGAGGGAUGCUCACGUGGGGAUUUUUUGAUGGAAUGAUGGAUGGAGAAUAUAUGAUGGGAGGAGAUAAAAGAUCAAAAGUGAGAGGAAGGGACUUGUAAUCCCUUACCCACAUAGAGAAGAAAAGAAGAAAGAGAGUGAGAGAAACAGUUCAUUGCAUCUCCUUUCAAUUAUCACCUCCUUUCUUUUCAGAGAGAAAGAAGAUAGGGAUUGGGGAAAAAGAGGAAUUUUUUGCUUCUUCUAUCCUUGGUAUUUCCCCUAUUCCUCUCCUAGAGUGUAUAUUCCUCGAGCAAGGACUUUGUAUAUUGUUAUUUUUUUGUUGCUGUUCUUCUUCGUCUCGUUGGAAGUCAGUGGUGGAUCGAUCGAUGUGUUUGAGGUUUUCCUGUUCCCUGAGGCACCCACAAAACUGUUUACUGGUUUCCAGGUACAAAUUUUUUAUUCAGCAAUUAAAUUAAGCUUCCUUUUUGCUGCUAAAGGUUUGAUCUUUUUGUUUUGCAUUCCUCUCAUCUCUUUGCUGUCUCUUUCUUUCUUCCAUGUGCCUGAUGGGAAGGAAGAGAAGAAGAGAUGGAUGGUUUUAAGUGGCGGUGACUGUGGUGAUAACCCCAUCGGGAAAUUGUUAAUUUAUUGGCAACUUUUGCUUGUGUUGGAAUGAGCAAAAUUUGAAUAUGCUGCUGUGUUGGGAUUUGCAGAUUCUGGGUUUGUCUUGUUUGUGUUCUUUUGCAGGAGGGGUGUUCCUUUGCCUUUUCCUCUUCUUCUUUUUCUAUCUUGGGGUUUGUUUGGGGUUGGUGGAUGCUUCUGUUCUGAAAGUUUGUGUGUUCCUUAAUAUUCUAAUUUCUUCUUUGGUUGUGUCUCAAGUUACCUAAUGUUGUGUACUAGAUAGGUCAUUUUUUCCUUUUACCUUGUUUCUUGGGAUAACUAGAAACCAGGAGAUGAUGAAGGUGUCAGAGAGCCAAAGUUGAGAAGGGGGGUGACUAUGCAUGCAAUCUGAUUGGAGCAGUAUAAGAUAAGAGGGGAAAGCUCAUGAUUUGAAUAAAAAAUGGCAACUUACUAUCCCGGUUCCAGCAAUGAAAGGGAGGCUGCUGCUACCCCAAUGGUAUAUCUUCCUGGUGCAUACUCCGAGACUCCAGUUCUUACAGGCAACAUGAUGAUGUACAUGAAUCCCGGGUCAUACUCAGAUGGAUUACCUUCCAAUGCUCAGCAACAAAACAACUGCAUUGAAAUUCAGUCUGUAGAGGGAUCAACCUCGACCCAUCAGCAGCAGCAGCAGCAAGAGAUAUUGACGAAUCUUGAGGGAUCACGAGUAAGUGAGCAUGAUAUCAAUGCAUGGAGAGAUGGCAGAAAUGAGAUGCUUGUUAUGCACUCAAUUGCUGGUACUUCUAGCAACAUUCUUCAACAGAAUUUACAAGGACAAGGCUUGUCUUUGAGCUUGGGGACACAAAUCCCAUCUGGAAUGCAAAUGCCUUACCGGAACGCUAACCAAGGAUUUACAUCAUUCUUGAGUCCCAAUCCAUCAAUGGUAGGUGAGAGCCCAAUUGGUAGGAGUGAUCAACCAAGGAGUGGUGAGUAUUUGGGACAUGGUGGCUACCCGGGUGGAGGUGGUCAUCAGGAUGCUGGCAAUAAAGGCGAUUAUGCACAGUAUGGAAUGACAAGUAUAGCAAGAACCAUUCCUAAUUCCAAGUACCUCAAAGCAGCACAACAACUUCUUGAUGAAGUAGUUAAUGUUCGGAAAGCUCUGAGGCAUGCCGAUAAGGAUAAGAGCCAGAAAACAAAUGAGAAUGAGAUGAACAACAGCUCCAAGGAAGGAGACAGUGGAUCAAAGAAUGAUGAAUCUCUGAACAAUUCAGCCAGCGAACUUUCGCAUUCUGAAAGACAGGAGUUGCAGAAUAAGUUGACAAAGCUUUUGUCCAUGCUGGAUGAGGUUGACAGACGGUACAAGCAGUACUAUCACCAAAUGCAGAUUGUGGUGUCGUCAUUUGAUGUCAUAGCAGGCUGUGGGGCCGCCAAACCAUACACAGCUCUCGCCUUGCAGACCAUAUCUCGCCAUUUCCGGUGCUUGAGGGACGCCAUUAACGGACAGAUAAAGACUGUCAGGAAAAGCUUAGGUGAGCAAGAGACAUCAGAGAAUAGCAAAGGUGUUGCAAUAACACGGCUUCGGUAUGUUGAUCAGCAGCUGAGGCAACAGAGGGCUCUUCAGCAGCUUGGCAUGAUGCAACAACACUCUUGGAGGCCACAGAGGGGACUGCCCGAGAACUCCGUCUCGAUUCUUCGUGCCUGGCUGUUUGAGCAUUUCCUUCAUCCGUAUCCAAAGGAUUCUGACAAGAUUAUGCUGGCUAGGCAGACUGGAUUAACCCGAGGCCAGGUCUCGAAUUGGUUCAUCAAUGCACGAGUUCGUCUCUGGAAGCCGAUGGUGGAAGAGAUGUACAAAGAAGAGCUCGGCGAUGCAGAGAUGGACUCCAACUCCUCUUCCGAGACUGCUGCUGCCAGAGCACUCUCAAGAGCUGACAUGAGAAGCUCUGAGGACCAAGGUGAAGAAAUGCAGCAGCAACAUCAAAGUGUGACCUCAUCGUCCGCCACAGAACAAGCUAUGGAGAAAACCUCUGAUCAUCAUCAUCAUGUUCAAGACAUGGAUAUGGUAGGAAGCUCAACUCUGAGGCCCCAUUUUCAAUUCGGCGCAACACAUGGGCGGCUCGAUGUCGACGAUUGUGGCCUUUACAAUGAGGCCAUCGGUGGCGGGGGUGGUGAUAAUAGGUUUAUGGCAGCAGCUGCUGCAGCGUACCAGAUGCAGGAAAUGGGGAGGUACGGUAGUGGGAGUAGUGGCGGCGUGUCGUUGACAUUAGGGUUGCAGCAUUGUGAAGGUGGUGGUGGUGGAUUGCCGAUAUCCGGUGCGAGCCAUCACCACCAGAACCAAGGUUUUGUUUCCAUGAGAGGUGAUGAUAUCUAUAGUGCAGCCGCAGCAGCGUCGUCUGUAGGUGGAGAGACGAGGGAGUUUGAAUGUGUAAACCCGGGGAGUAGGCAGCAGCACAGGUUCAAUUCCUCCCAUUUGUUACAUGAUUUUGUAGCGUGAAACUGGUCGAAUCCAGAUUCGACAAGGAUUGGCUUGUUGAUGGUGAAGGGAAAAGCUUUUGUAUACAAACACUGUUGUAGCAUAUUCAGCAAAGAAGUGGGAGGGGCCAGGGGAGGGGUGGGGUAGAAUAUUUGUAAAGAUACAUAAUUUUUUGGCUGUCUAAAAAUUGUGGAAGAGUAAAGUGUACAAUUAAGUAGUCACAAUUGGGGUUAUUGGUGAAAGGGGGAAAAACAGAAUACAUUCAUGGUCUUGAAAUAAAGAUUGGUAUGAAUUGGUAAAACUCUUGGUCUUCUGAUUUCAGUAAAACCAGCUUUUUUAAUUGAGAUUUGCUUGCUAGGGAACGUUGGUUUCUUAAGGAGAG